UCAUUCUGAUAAGAACAUCUCGAUCGUUUGCUUUGUGAUUAAUAAAAGUUUUUACGGGCUGCGAAUAUUGGCCAAGUUAUUUAUUUUUUAAAUUUAAAAUUGAGUACUUGGCGCCUUGGUGAAAGUACCUACCACUUUCGGCACAUUCCGAGCUAUUGAAGAGAAUUUACUGCGUUAGCAGCAACGGUGACAUUAAUUUAGAAAUGAACCGCAUUCAAAGGCACAAGAAAUAUUUUGAUGAUGCGCAGGAGGAAUGGAGAAAGGUGGAGGAAUAUUUGAAGAUGAUCUUCAUAGAUCGCACUCCUCUUGACAGAAAAAACAUGAUGGAGUUCCACCAACUCGUGUACUUCCACUGCUCCUGCUUCUCCCAAGAUUCAACCGUAAAGUCCCAGGCAGAUGGAGGUGGUUUUUACCAGGCUAUUGUUUAUUUCCUGAACAGUCGGCUGCGGGAAAUCGCAAAUGAAUUGGACUUGAUCACAGAUAAUGUAGAACUCCUUACAACAUACGUAAAGCUGUGGGAAAUGUAUCGGAAAUCCAGCGAAAUCUUGAACUUUGGCUGUCACCACCUUAAUCAAAACUGGGCUAAAGUUGAAAACUCACGGAACAAAAACUACUAUGUAUUUCACAUCUAUCGAAGGGCCAUAAUUCAAUGGAAGGAUAACGUUUUCCGACCAGUGGACACGGCGUUGGUAAACGCUAUUACGAUUUUACUCCGUCGUACGGAUCAGCAAGAAAGGAUCUACCUGGUACUUCAGUCUAUUGUGGAGCUUUAUGCCAAUGCUGAGCAACAAACUGUGUCCGUACCGGAUAAAUUGAAUAACGUAUUCGACCAGUCAGUGGUGGAUUUUUACAAAAAGAUGACACUAACCAAGUUCCAGAACAUCUUAGACUCCAAUGUCUUUACAGAAUUUAAGCAUUUCCUAAAAUACGCCUGUUUGGCGAUGCCCGAGAUAGAGAAUGGAAAUCAGUUUAAGGAUAUCUUAAAGAGCCAUAUUACUCCAAAGCUAAAUGAGGCCGUUCGAAGGUCAUCAAGGUGCAAAGACUCCAAGAUCAACGCUAUCCUCGCCGUGCGCAAUAGUCCUCUUGGACGAUCUAUUGAGAAUCACAAAGAGCUCAUGGACAUAAUGAAUAAGUGUGUCUCGGUUAUACUGGCCAAGUACAGCGACGAGUUAAUGAAAAAUAGAAAAAUGGAAGAGGCUGAUCUGAAAAACGAGUGUAAGCACAUUGCCAAGAUUGUGAAAUCCGUGAACGAAAUAAAUCUAUUCAUGAGGCGGUAUAGGGAUUACUUAAAAUCUCGACUAAUCGAAGAGACAUGCGUUUCGUACGAAAGCGAGUCCAUGAUGGUUUCAUGGCUAACUCAUAUAUUUGGCGACGACACAAUAAUAUUGAGGGUGCUUUUGAGAGUUUUCCAAACAUCCCAUUUGUUUAAUGGCCAGUUACAAACUUAUCUUCAGACUAGAAAUCUCGGAUUUGAGUUCAAUCUCAAUUAUUUCAAACAGGAUAGAAGGGAGUUUGUGGAAAAAUGCAAUCUAAUAUUGCCAUGGGAAAUGCAGCAAGCCGUGGAGGAGUUGAAGCAAUAUCAGUUUUUCAGACAUCCCAAAAAAAUGCUUCAAUUCGAUUUCUUUAGUUCCUUUGGUAUAAUUACUAUUAACCUGGGCCAGACGUCCUACGAUUUGUCAGUCAGCACAUUUCAAAUGGCGAUCUUGAUGCAGUUCAACACUUUUCAAAAGCUUACAUUUGAACAUUUGAUUGGAAAUUUGAACAUUACUAUGGAUAUUCUUGAAUGGGCCCUGAUUCCUCUAAUAAGUAACAGUGUAUUGAUCCAUAGCCGCACUUCCAGUAAACUGACUGAUGUCGUGGAAGUAAAUGAGAAUUUGAACAGCCGAAAGCGCCACAUUAAUUUCAAAUCCAAAUUAAGCAAAGCCAGGAAAAUGCAAGUUAAAGAGUUUUAAUAGAAAAAAAAACGACCAGCUGGUAUUUGGAAGGGAUGCGUUAUUCUUAACGUACUUUAUUUUGUGUACCAAAUUGUAAAUUGGAAUGAAUUGUAAUAUAGAAUUAAUAAAACUAUCUUUUAAGAAUAA